AUGCAGAUCUGAGGAUCCAGCGUAGCAUCUGUAGCAGCUGGGACAUCAUUCCAGGUUUUGGGCCCGGUGUGUUGGCAACAACUGGAUCUGAAGAUGGCAGUCAGGGUGCUUUGGGGUGGCCUCAGCCUGCUCCGAGUGCUGUGGUGUCUCCUUCCGCAGACGGGCUAUGUGCACCCAGAUGAGUUCUUCCAGUCCCCUGAGGUGAUGGCAGAGGACAUCCUGGGCGUUCAGGCCACCCGGCCCUGGGAGUUUUACCCCAGCAGCUCCUGCCGCACGGUGGUCUUCCCCCUGCUGAUCUCUGGCUCCACCUUCUGGCUGCUCAGGCUCUGGGCGGAGCUGGGGCCGUGGCCGGGCCUGGUGAGCGGCUAUGUGCUGCUGGUGGGGCCUCGACUCCUCCUCACCGCCCUUUCCUUUGCUCUGGACGGGGCCGUGUACCACCUGGCCCCACGGUUGGGGGCGGAUCGCUGGAACGCCCUGGCCCUGCUGUCUGGUUCCUACGUCACCCUGGUCUUCUACACGAGGACCUUCUCCAACACCAUUGAGGGACUCCUCUUCGCGUGGCUGCUGGUGCUGGUAUCCUCCCAUGUAAUGUGGGGCCCUACACGCAAGGAGCCUGCACCGGGUCCACGGUGGCACAGCUGGCUUCUUGGAGGCAUUGUGGCUGCCGGCUUCUUCAACCGGCCCACCUUUCUAGCCUUUGCUGUCGUCCCCCUCUACCUCUGGGGCACUCGUGGAGCCACAAACCCUGGCUUGAAGUCCCUGACCCGGGAGGCCCUGGUGCUGCUCCCUGGGGCGGCCCUCACAGCAGCGGUGUUUGUGGCCAUGGACAGCUGGUAUUUCUCCAGCCCCGCUACAUCCAGGACCCUUGUCCUUACACCUGUCAACUUCUUGCACUACAACCUGAAUCCCCAAAACCUGGCGAGACACGGCACGCACGCGCGGCUCACUCACCUGGCAGUCAACGGCUUCCUGCUCUUCGGGGUGCUACAUGCCCAGGCCCUGCAGGCUGCGUGGCAACAGCUGCGAGGCGGCCUCCAGGCCUCGGCACAAAUGGGCCUCCUGAGGGCACUGGGUGCCGGGAGCCUGCUGUCCAGCCCCAGGUCCUAUCUCCUUCUCCUCUACUUCAUGCCUCUGGCCCUGCUGUCUGCCUUUAGCCACCAGGAGGCUCGGUUCCUGAUUCCCCUCCUGGUCCCCCUAGUCCUGCUUUGUAGUCCACAGACCCAGCCUGUGCCUUGGAAGGGCACCGUGGUCCUCUUCAAUGCCCUUGGUGCCUUCCUCUUCGGCUGCCUGCAUCAGGGGGGCCUGGUGCCUGGCCUGGAGUACCUGGAGCAGGUGGUCCAUGCCCCUGUGCUCCCAAGCACACCCACCCACUACACGCUCCUCUUCACUCACACCUACAUGCCCCCCCGGCACCUCCUACACCUCCCAGGCCUGGGGUCACCAGUGGAGGUGGUGGACAUGGGUGGGACUGAGGACUGGGUCCUGUGCCAAACCCUGAAAAGCUUCACCAGACAACCAGCCUGCCAAGUGGCUGGUGGGCCAUGGCUCUGCCGCCUCUUUGUGGUGACCCCUGGCACCACCAGGCGUGCCGUGGAGAAGUGCAGCUUCCCCUUCAAGAAUGAAACACUUUUAUUUCCCCAUCUGACCCUGGAGGACCCACCAGCCCUGUCCUCCUUGCUGAGUGGGGCUUGGAGGGACCACCUCAGUCUUCACAUUGUGGAGCUGGGGGAAGAAACCUGACAAUAUGACAGAGCACCCACUGCCCAAGACUCAGCCAUAGAAGAUGCUGCCCCACCUUCUACUUGGGUAGCUGGGCUGGGACGCUGGGACAGGACCCCGUUCUUCACGACUCCCACUGCUGCCUCUCCUGGGCACAGUUGUUAGCUGUUCUGCCUUCUGGGUGAGCUGGCACUCUUCUCCCUGAGACCAAAGAUUUGACCUGUCAGUCUUGAUGUCAAGGUCCCCAAAGACCAGGUUAAGUGACGACACCUGUCUGUUCCUGCCCUGUUGCUUCCAGCCACUGUGAUGUUUGAAAUAUGUAAUAGUACCUGGUUGUGAAAAAAGACAAUGAACUGCUAGUGACAUUCCU